AUGACGAUUCUUUUUUCUUUGUUCAUUGUAGUCAUUCCCAAUAUUCCAAUCGAUGCUCGAUGGUCACAGAAUGGAAAGACUGUUGCUGGAGGGAAUGGAAAAGGCAAUGCCACAAAUCAACUUUGGCAUCCUCAAGGUCUCUUCAUUGAUGAUGAUCAAACAAUGAUAAUUGCUGACUGGGGAAAUAAUCGUAUUGUCAAAUGGAAAAUGGAUGAUACGAAUGGACAAGUUGUAGCUGGUGGAAAGGGCUACGGAAAUCGUUUGGAUCAAUUUAAUUAUCCAACCGAUGUGCUGAUUGAUAAAGAGACUGAUAGUCUCAUUGUCUGCGAUUGGUUGAAUCACCGAGUUGUACGAUGGUUUCGUCGUAAUGGCACAACUCAAGGAGAAAUUCUCAUUGACAACAUCGAUUGUUAUGGAUUGUAUAUGGAUGACCAGAGAUAUCUCUAUAUUUCUGACUACAAAAAACAUGAGGUAAAACAAUAUCAAAUAGGAGACAAGAAUGGAAUUAUCGUGGCUGGUGGAUAUGGAGAAGGUUCUGGUCUCAACCAACUCAACGUUCCCACCUACAUUUUUGUUGAUGAACAACAGACUCUCUACGUAUCAGACAACAACAAUCAUCGUGUAAUGAAAUGGAAUAAAGGUGCAAAAGAAGGCAUUGUCGUUGCUGGAGGUGAAGGCAGAGGAGAUGCUCUAACACAAUUGUAUUAUCCUAACGGACUCUUCGUCGAUCUUUUGGGUACCAUCUAUGUGGCAGAUUCGUGGAAUAAUCGAGUUAUGCGUUGGACUAAAGGAGCAGAGCAAGGCACUGUCGUUGUGGGUGGAAAUGAUUCAGGAGCAGGACCAAAUCAGUUCAAUGUUCCCAAUGAUUUGUCCUUCGAUCUAGAAGGCAAUCUCUAUGUCGUUGAUGGUGGUUGGAAUGGAAAUAAUCGUGUUCAGUUUUUUUCUAUUAAUUGA